AUGUUGCUAGAAAGCAAAGUUAAUUCUUGGGUGAAAAACUGUAGUUGCAAUUCUUGUUCAAUAGUUACACGGUUCCCUCGCUACAAUGACCCAUUGAAGCUUGUAGAAACAAGAAAGUGGCGUUGUGGAGAGUGGGCCAAUUGCUUCACAUUGUAUUGUCGUGCUUUUGGCUAUGACUCUCGUCUGGUCCUUGAUUUUAUAGACCAUGUUUGGACAGAGUGCUAUUCAGAAGCCCUGAGAAGGUGGAUGCAUCUUGAUCCUUGUGAAGCAAUCUAUGACAUACCGCUAUUAUAUGAAAAAGGGUACUCUAAUUUGUGUUAUUAUCCAUUUUUCAGGAAAAAAAUCUUUUUUUUUUGUUUUGAUACUACAGUUAUAGUAAAUGCUUCUUUUCUACAAAUGGAAAAAGAAAUUAAAUUAUUAUUGGAAGACCGUGACAGAAUUGAAAGGGAAGCUCUAUACAGAGAUUUACUUUCUACUGAUGAUGCUCUGAUCUCUUUACAUGGGAGGCAAAGUGGGGAUAAGCAAUGGCGCAUUGCAAGAUCAGAAUUUGGGACUGACUCUCUGAGUUCAUCUGCUUGUGAAGUUCGCAUAUGA